AUGACCAUAACUUAUCAAGUGGGUGAUGGUGGAAAUAUGGAUAUCGAUUUCUUGGUAAUGGAUCCAGCCGACAAUGAAAUGGAGUCAUCAACUAAACAAUCAACUGGAACUUUUAGUUUUACAGCUAAGCUUGAUGGACGUUACACUUAUUGUUUUAGUAAUUUGAUGUCAACUGUCACUGAGAAAGUUGUCAGUUUCAAUAUACAUGGAGUUCUUUAUAUGCCUGAUGAUGAUGGAUCAAUUCAUACCGAUCCGUUAGAAAAAGAAAUUCGUGAAUUAGCUGAUGGUUUGGAGGCCAUUAAAGACGAACAAGAAUAUAUUGUUAUGCGAGAAAGAACACAUCGAGACAGUAAGUUAUUAUAG